AUGGAGAAUAUGAGAGUGAAGCACUUGGUGUCUUUCCUUUUAUUUCUUUGCAUGACCAGAAUCUGCAGCCCAUCUGCAAACCCAGAUGCAAACCAGAAGCAUUUUGUGCUGGUUCAUGGAGCUGGUCAUGGGGCAUGGUGCUGGUACAAGAUCUCAACUCUACUCACCUCAAUUGGUCAUAAUGUUACAGCUCUAGACCUAGCCGCAUCUGGGGUCAACCCAAAGCAAGUUCAACAACUUAAUUGUGGAUGCAAUUCAAUGCCACCGCUUUUAUGCCUGGUCCUGCAGUUCUUGUGGAUGCAAUUCAAUGCCCCAAAAGGUCAUGUUACUAAUGUUGUCUUCAACAUGUCUUCUUUGAAAAAUCUGGCUCUAUCAGGAAACAGCUUGAAUGGUAGUCUUCCAGACAACAUAUGUCAACAUCUUUCUGUUAUUCGAGGGUUGUAUUUGCCUUACAAGUAG